CAAACCAAUUAUCCAACUACCUCAUUUCUUCUUCUAAUUUCCUUCACCUUUCUUCUUCCUUCAACACACACACACACACUCAAACAUAUACAUAUCUAUAUAUAUAUAUUCACUGUACGUAUAUAUCUAUUAUAUAAAUGGAUAUGGCUUCAAACCUGGAUGAUGGUCCUCCUAAUCCAUCUUUCGCCAUGAGAGGAAGCAGUGUUAAAUUCCCUAGAAGCGCUUCCACCAAAGAACAACCGCUCUCCGACGCUGUAUUUCUUCCUCCCCGGCUGAGCGCCACCACCGUCGCCUCCCUCUCCCUCCACCACCUCCACCAGCAGCAGCCCCCCACCCCUCGCCUUUGUUUCACCCCCGACACCUCCAAGCUCGAGUUGGACCCCACCGCAUACCGCUGCAUCUCCUCCGUCCUCAAGAAAGACGGACAGAUCCUCUGCAUCGCCGCCGCCAACGGCCUUGUCUACACGGGCUCCCAGGGCAACACCAUCCGCGUGUGGAAGCUGCCUGAGUUCACCGAAUGCGGGCAGCUCAAGACGAAAGCGUGCAUGGUGGUGGCUUUGCAAGUGUCCAACGAUAGGGUUUAUGCUGCGUACGCUGAUUGCAAGAUUAGGGUUUGGCGUUGCACGUGGGAAGGGGUUGUCAAGCACAUCAGGGUGGCCACCGUGCCGACGGCCGGGAGUUUUGUCCGCAGUUACAUUGCCGGCAAGGAUAAAACGAUGAAACAUUUAGGACCAAUAUCAUCACUAGCAUUCAACACAUCCGACGAUAUAUUAUACUCUGCGUCUCUCGACAAAACAGUAAAAGUAUGGAGAAUUUCCGACUUUAAAUGCAUUGAGACCAUCCAAGCCCACCCGGAGCCGAUCAAUGCCAUCGCCUUGGCCGACGAUGGUGUGCUCUACACUGCCUCCGAUGAUGCCACAGUGAGAGUGUGGCGCCGCAACUUCUGCAGUGGGGCUCGGCCACAUUCGCUCACCGUGACCCUACCCACCAAAUUCUCCCCUGUCAAAACCCUAGCAUUAACCUCCGACGGUGGAGUGUUGUAUGGUGGGUGUACCGAUGGCUACGUGCAUUAUUGGCUGAAGGGUUGGUUUUCGGGCCAACUCCAGUAUGGUGGGGCCCUCCAAGGCCACACACAUGCUGUGAUGUGCUUAGCUAGUGUGGCUAAUUACGUGGCAAGUGGUUCUGCUGACUCAACGAGUAGAGUUUGGAUUAGGGAGCUAGAUGGGCUCCACACCUGCAUUGCUGUCUUACAAGGCCACCGGGGCCCUAUUAGGUGCAUCACUGCAUUCACGGGACGUGCAACAGAUGAAAGUGCUGAGGAGGAUUGUACUGUAUGCACAGGAAGUCUCGACGGAGUGCUUAAAGUGUGGCGGGUACGAAACACCACAAGCCAAACUCGAGAGCCUUCACAAAAUACUCGUGAGUACUUCGAGUUGAGUUAAGGUGGUCGAAGGCUAGUUCAACACUCUUGUUGUGUAGGGGUAGAGAUUGGAAUUAGGGAGUGUAACUUCUUAGGUUGGUAUUUAAUUAGGUGUAUAUAUAGUGAACAUGGUUAUUGUAAGAUUUCAAACAUGACUAACCAAAUGAUUUCUAGCU